GCACAUAUACAUGUUCUGCGAAUACCAUUAUUAAUUGCACUAUUUCAGUUAUGAUGUUACGGAACUUUAUAGUUGUUAAAAGGGACUUCAUUUUGUCAAUGUAUGCAUUCAAGGUGUGAUAUCAGUUGACAAAAAAUACAGUACAAAAUAUGUUAUCCAUGAAUAAUGAUAAUGGUUAUAAGAAAAUGGUUUCUGAAGAAAUCAUACAGGCACCAUGUACAACAGACGAAAGCUCAACAGAGUUUAUGGUUUUGCCCAAAUAUGAACAUAUAGAAGAAUCAUUGGUCGUUGGCGAAGAAAUAGUUGUAGAUGAAAAUAUGGAUAUAAAUGAACAGAUCCCAGAAGAAGCUGUGUGUAAAUCUAAAGAAACAUCUGAAUAUUUUGACGAAAGUAUAAAUACAACAAUGCAUACUGAAUAUGUUGAUGAUUCUAUAUCAUUAUCACCAAAUAAUAUAGCCAAACAGAAAUGGUUUCAAAGUGGUACCGAUAAACAUAAUUCAUUGUUACUAGAACUAGAAGAAAGUGAGUCUGAAAUUGAUUGCAACAGAGCAGCAAGUGAUGAUCAAUACGAGGACGAAGAAACAAUAGCUACUUUUGUCACUGCUACUGGUCAGCAAUUAGCGCUAUAUGCAGUAGAAGAUUCAGAGGAAAUUUUUGCUGUAGCAAUGUACGAUGAGUCUGGUGAACCUCCAACAAGUUUUCAGUUUCUUAUGAAAGCAGAUGUCGAAAGAUUAAUAGGCGAAGGUGCUGUUAGAACUGUACGGAAACCAACUCAAAUAAAAAAGCAGUUAUUAACAACACAGCCACCAAUGUUCUUCUCCAAAAAUGAUUUGACAAAUGAUAUAACACUGCAUAAUGAAGAUAAGAUUGUGUCUAGUCAAAGUCAGAAGGUACGAAGGAAGGAUAAUGCAUGGGAGGAAAAUUCAACUUUGAUAGAAGAUUCUGAUUUGAAUCUAGACAUGAAACAAGUUCCUAACAUUAUAUAUGCAACUGAUGAGAAACAAUCAGAUGUAACAUAUUUAAUGAUGGACGAUUGUUCUGUAAAUGUUGAUAAUUCUGAUGAUUGUGAAGAAGAUUAUGAAAGUGAUAAUGAGAUUAUAGAACAGUCAACUGUACAGUAUAUUCUCUUUGAGGGCGAUCAAUCUGAUUCUGAAUUAACAUUUGACGAGAUUCAGACGACCCUUCAAAAUCUUAAAACUGCUGAAUCAAAAUCAUCCAGAAAGCAACCUAAUAAAAGAGUUGAUAAAGACCAAAAUAAUUUUGGAAAUAUUAAAAAAAUAGAGUACGAUCAUUCGGUACACCACAAUUCUAAUUGUAAUCACAUUUCGAAUACUUUAACAGAGAGAAAGUUAAAUUCCAUAGACAGUCAGAAAGAAUUCUUAGAAACAUUUACAAAUGCGACGAUGGACGGAAUAUCAAGCAAUACGAACUUAGAUCUUUCAAAUGGUUCUAUGGAAUGCGUAUCGCCUGAAUCAACACAGACACAAUAUAAAACUAAAAGAUCUCGUAAGCAACAACUAAUUUCUGUAAAUCGUGAAGAUUCGGAAAUAAUCAUACAACCGGCGUCUGUUCUAAGCGAAGAAGACAUUGCUGUUAAGAAAAGAGGGAAACGCAAAAAGUAUCAUCAAAGGAGCAAUGAAUCGAAACGAAUAAAAAAGAUCAAACGUAAAAAGGUCGAAGUUAUUGAAAUCGAUGUUGACGAGGAAGAAAGUAAAUCAAAAAGGGAUGUCGUUGAAAUAACCAUAGAUGAUAGUAAAGAUAAAUAUUCUAGCGACAAAGAGAAUGAAAUUAUCAUGGUACGAGAUUCCGAUGACGAAGUGGCGCAGUCAAAUUCGAAAAAAGUUUUACUGCAAUGCCAACACUGCUCGAGAAACUUCCGGCAACAAAGAGCUUUAGAAACUCAUUUACGAGUUUGUUCGAAGUCGCCCUCAAAUACAAUUCGGUUUAACGAACAGAAAAUAAAACAUACGAAUAGAACAACUGAGAACGCAGUUAAGAAACAGUAUGCUUGUAAAAUAUGCCAACAGAAAUUUGAUGUGGUUGUAGCGUUGGCUCGUCACGUGCGAUCAGACCACUACUCUCAAAGGAAGAAACGUAGAUUUAGUAAAUCAUCGGUCGAACGGUCAUCCAUGGAGGCUGAAGAGAAAAAAGAACCUGUUGAAUCGAAAAAACAGUUAACUAUGAUUAAAAAAGUUAAAAGGAAAAGAAGUCAACGACCGAAUUGUACCUGGGAAGUAAAAAAAUUAAGUUGCUCCGAUUGCGGUCGAUGGUUUCCAAGUGCUGCUUUGCUAAGAGCGCAUUGUUUGCAACAUGGAACAAAGAAAACUGAACAUGUAGAUGUACAGGUGCGUAGAUGUCAGAUAUGCCAAAAGCUAAUAAGAUCUAGGUUGCUCUUUGUGCAACAUUUGAAAAAGCAUAGAAGUAUGCAAAAAAGCACAAAGACCAUAGCAAAUAUUCAAAAAAAGUUACACACUACGAGAUCAGUGACGAGCAAGAUAACAACAUUAAGAAAACGGGGACGGCCACGAAAACUUUGAUUGCCUUAAAGGUUGACACAUAGAAUUUCUGUA